UACUUUAUCUAGCUUAGCACCCGUGAUCUCAGCACAUCCCUAGGGCCACCAACCCCUCAGUAAGCAUGUACCUACAUACCGGUACGUGUACUCUUACUCUACACUACGAUAGGACACUCAGAUGAGUGCCUCAUAGUCAUAGACACAAGCAAUUUAUAGCAUAUGUGAGAAUACCUGGGCACCAUAUCAUUGCGAAGGAGAGCAGCUAUUGCCGGUUAUCUAUAAAGACAUUGUUGCCCAAGGGGCAGCCUAUUCAGAUGGGCAAAGACGCAAUUCCGAAGAAUUGGCCGCCAACCGUCCCUUACCUCACCCAUCCUUCCUUCGCGCCCCAUGUCACCAAGACACAGCUCGAGGCGCUUCGGAUAUGUUCACCAGACCUCACGGCGUCAAUACCGGCCAACUUCCCUAGAGGACCUUGCUCCUUGGUGAGGAUAAUCCCCAUUGGUGACCCCUCGCAUCCGGCACACGGCCAAGCCGGACUGUUCGCAGCGCGCCACCUCGAACCGGGCACGCUGAUCGUCCCUUACUAUGGCAUCGUCCACUCGUCACUCCCGCCUCAUAACCUCGGCCAUGAAAAGUCAGAUUAUGAUCUAUGGUUGAACAGGGAGAUCAAUGUUGCUGUCGAUGCCGAGAAGGCUGGGAACGAGGCCCGUUUUGUAAAUGAUUACCGUGGCGUCCGCGAACGCCCCAACGCUGAAUUCAAACUAUGCUGGGAUGCGCGAAGUGGUCAGCAAUGCAUGGCAGUGUUUGUGCUGCCAUCGGGAAAGAAUGCUCCUACGAAGGCGAAGGCCGGUGCCGGUGCCGGUGGCAUCGCGAAAGGAGCCGAGAUAUUGGUCAGUUACGGCAAGGGGUUCUGGUCGAAGAGAAUGGAGGAGAACGAAGCCUUGGCGGAAUGAUAAGAUGCUUGAUCGUAUAUGAAUCGAUAACUGGACUCUGGAAAGGGACCAGCUAUUUCACGGGUCAUCGUAGUCGGCCGA